AUCUACACCACUUUCCAUCUACACACCCACUCUGCCUCACGCCACAAUGGUCAAACUCCGUGUCCUCAUCUCCAUGGAACUCGACGGCGUCACAAACGUCCAGCCGGCCGAUGAUUAUUAUGAAUACUUUUUCACCGUCAUGUGCGGAUCAUGUCGAGAAGUCCACUCCAAGACUGUCAGCUUGAACCAAAAGGACGAGCACGAGAUUUCAGGAUCAAAAGGGACAGCCAGUUUCGUCUGGCGGUGUAGCAACUGCAAGAAAGAGCAUUCUGCCAAUUUCCUCCCCUCGGCUCCACCCCCUUCAAAAUCCAAAUCCACCGCCCCCAUCCCCUACACCUCCUCUUCCUCUGGACAAUUCUCCCCCUUCAUCGCGCUCGACUGUCGCGGUCUCGAAUUCACCGAAUUCCACUUUGCCGGUAAAUGGAAGGCCGAGGGGGAGGAGAGCGGGGCGGUGUUUGACAUUGAUUGGGAUCAGCUUCGAAAGGAGCAAGGAGGUGAGGAAAGGUGGGAUGACUAUGAUGAGCAGGGCGGGGUCCCGCUGGCGGUGAGUGAGCUGAAGAGCAAGAUUGAGAGAGUGUAGGGUAAAUGCGUGAGAGAGUGUAGGGUAAAUGCGUGAGAGUGUAGGGUAAAUGCGUGAGAGAGUGUAGGGUAAAUGCAUUUGAAAGACGUGGCAACAUUAAAUAUAA